GACAUGGCAACUACAGUGAGCUCUAUUUUUACUACAUUUCUGCUAAUCUUGGUUUCCUCAUCAUUGCUCGGAUUCAGCUACGGCCAUUUCAAUCGUAGUGAGUUUCCAGCUGGAUUUUUGUUCGGAGCUGCUUCGUCCGCAUAUCAAUACGAGGGUGCUGCAUUCGAAGGUGGCAGAGGACUAAGUAUAUGGGAUACUUACACCCACAAAUAUGCAGAUAAAAUAUUGGAUGGGAGCAACGGAGACGUGGCCAACAACUUCUAUCAUCUAUAUAAGGAGGAUGUGAAAUUGAUGAAGCAUUUAGGAUUGGAUGCGUUCAGAAUGUCUAUUUCUUGGCCUCGGAUAUUACCUCGUGGGAAGCUAAGUGGGGGAAUAAACAAGGAAGGAAUUGCCUUUUACAACAAUGUCAUCAACGAACUCCUUGCAAAUGGUAUAACUCCAUUUGUGACUCUAUUUCAUUGGGACCUUCCGCAAGCCCUAGAGGAUGAGUAUUUAGGCUUUCUAAGUCCUCGUAUUGUUGAUGAUUUUCAAGAUUUUGCGGAGCUUUGCUUCGAAGCAUUUGGUGAUCGUAUUAAGCAUUGGAUCACAGUAAAUGAGCCGUUUACAUUCGCCAAUUGUGGAUAUGAUGGAGGCUUCAUCGGCAACCUAGCCCCUGGGAGGUGCUCCAAUAGGGCUAUCUGUGCCAAAGGGAAUUCAGCAACUGAGCCUUAUAUUGUCGCCCAUCACCUACUUCUUGCCCACGCAACUGCUGCCAGACUAUACAAGAGGAAAUUUGAGCCAAUUCAAAAAGGAGAAAUAGGAAUAGCACUGGUAACUCAUUGGUUCGUACCAUAUUCAAGCAGUAAGCUGGACGUGGAAGCAGCGCAACGAGCUCUUGAUUUUGUAUAUGGAUGGUUCAUCCAUCCUUUAGUGUAUGGGGAAUAUCCAGAAAUCAUGCAGUCCCUUGUGCGAAGUCGAUUGCCAAAAUUCACUAAGGAGCAAGCUGUGAUGCUCAAAGGAUCCUUUGAUUAUUUGGGAUUGAAUUAUUAUACUGGGAAUUAUGCAGCUCACAUUCUCUCUCGCACUGGAAAUAUCAGCAGCACUACGGACAAUAUGGUUCGCCUUUCAACUGAAAUCAAUGGUGUACCCAUCGGCAAACCCACAGGAGUGAGCAGUUUCUUUAUUUAUCCGAAAGGACUUCAUGAUCUUCUACUCUACACUAAGGAGAAAUACAACAAUCCGACCAUUUACAUCACAGAAAACUGGUAUGGGUGACGCUAAUAAUAGUACCAUCAAACAUGCUAUUGAAGACCCCCUGAGAGUUGACUUCUACAAUGGUCAUCUUCGGGCGGUUCACCAAGCCAUCCAGCAAGGCGUGAGAGUGAAGGGU